AUGACCGAAAAACGGUGGGGAAUGCCCAAACCGAAGGUGAAAAAGUCCCGCCCGGUGGUGAACAAGAUGGGUGAGUGCGUCCGAUGCAUACCACACGUGGGUACAACGGGGGGGCGUAAGGUGGCGUGCAAUAGAUCUGUGGAGAUCUAG